AUGUCGAGCAAACCAGAUAAUCUCGACCCCUCCGAGCUCGGCACAAAAGAAUACUGGGACAAGCUCUACACCGCCGAACUCACAAACCACGCCGCCAACCCCUCCGACACGGGCACAAACUGGUUCGACGACUCCGACGCCGAGGGCCGCAUCGUGGCGUUCCUCGACGCGCUGACCGAGGACGACCAGGAGAUUCUCGCGCGGCCGCUGUCCAAGGAAGGUGCUGCGGUGCUGGAUCUCGGGUGCGGCAAUGGCGAGCUGUUGUUUGCGCUGAGGGACGAUGGGUGGGAGGGGGGGAUGUUGGGGGUGGAUUAUAGUGCGCAGAGCGUUGCGCUGGCGAGGAGGAUUGGGGAGACGAGGGAUGCUGCUGAAGAAGAAGAAGAAGAAGGAAAAGAAGCAGAGACGGCAAAGACUCCGUCGGUCAACUUCCUCGAAUGGGAUCUCCUCUCCGGCCCGCUCUCCCUCGACGACGCCGCCUCCCCGCUGUCCUUUGCGCCGUCGUCAGGAGCCCUCUUCGACGUCAUCCUCGACAAGGGCACCUUUGACGCAAUCAGCCUCUCCGCAUCCUCCGACGUGCGACCCUGCGAAACGUAUCGCCAGCGGCUCCUCCAGCUGCUCAGUCCCAACGGCGGAAUCUUCCUCGUGACGAGCUGCAACUGGACCGAGCCGGAGCUGCGGAGCUGGUUCGAGGAGGAUGACGAUGGGCAGCUGCGUGUUGUGGGCAGGGUUGAGUAUCCGACGUUUACGUUUGGCGGGGUCAAGGGGCAGACGAUUACGACUCUUUGCUUUAGGAGGGGCUGA